UGCUUGUUUUCAAUUUAAUAUUCAAAUCUAUUUCAAUUUUCAAUUAGUAUUAAUAAGUUAACUCUUGUUACCUGUGAAGAAAAAGAUUGUUACAAAAAUGCAAUUCUUCAUGUUAACUGUCUGCCUUUUUGGAACUGUAUUUGCUAAGAGUCCUUCUACAGAAUGGACACCGCUCCCUGUUGAUGAUCCAACUGUUAUAAAGUUAGCUAAACAAGCCGUUGCUGAUGUCAACUCACAGGAAAAGUUUACUUACAAUAAACUGAUCGUGAUUACAGAAGCUAAAUCUGUAGUCGAUGACGGAGUUACUUAUAUGCUUAAAAUGAUCAUACAAAAAACUUAUUGUCCCUUAUCUAAACCGUACCAUGAUGAUUGUGAAAUCAACCAAGGUUUACCUGGUAGCACAUGCAUCGUCGAUGCACAUAAACCUGUUGGUUCUGAAGAAAUCAAGAUCGGGCGUUUACAAUGUGAUGAAAUUCCUCAACCCCCCAGUUAAAGAAAAAUUGCUACACUAAAUUGCGUCUCAUGCACAUCGAGAUACGUAUCGAAUAAAAACGGCAGAGUCAUGCGUUUUUUGCGUUUAAAGCAAUAGUUGCAUUCAUCAAUGUCACGUUAAAUUACGUUGUGAAACAAUUCAUAAGCCUGUAAAAUGAUUUGUCCAAUUUUUCUUUGUAAUGUGAUUGAAGUACAUGGAAAAGGCGAAAUUUGCGAUUUAAGAUUAGCAGAUUUCAGAACAACUUCGUUAGCAUUGUAAAUGAGUUGAUCUGAAUAAACCCGUUUUUUGAUAAUUUCAAUUCGAUUAAUUAACAUUAAUAAAUUAUAUUCAUUGAGAA